UUAUACAUUUGAAAAUAUCGUAGAGUCUAGAGUAGAAGAGUCUAGUCUAGUUCAUUUUUAAUAAUUUUUAUUUUUUGUGGAUCAGCAUGAAGAUCCAGUUGGAACAGAUAUGAAUUCUUAACAUCACCAUGAAAAACAAGUCCAAUGUUUGUUAUAUGCUAAUUAUUUUAAAUGUUUAUAUAUCUGUAUGUUGCGGCAAUAUUGGAAUACCAUCUUUAAAUGACAUUAGAUUAACGUUUUUUAAAAAUUUUGACAAAGUAUAUUGCACAUUUUCUGCCUGCUGUAAUGACAGGUGGAUAUCUAAAAAUAUUUCAGGACUCCAGUAUGAUUUGUCAACCAGGCUACAUGGCCAACAUCUGGUUCAGAACACAGUCCUAGCACACAUCAAAGGUCACGCUUGGCACAGCAAUCCAACCAAGGCGUUAGUACUCUCCUUCCACGGGCUGACUGGAGUUGGAAAAAAUUUUGUCAGUCGAAUCAUCGCAGAAAAUCUCUAUCGUGAUGGACUCAACAGUAGAUUUGUUCACCUUAUCUCUGCGACCAAGGAAUUUCCUCAUCAUGACAAGGACAUGCUUGUCAAGUAUAAGGAUACGUUGAAGUCAUGGAUUGAAGGUAAUAUAACUUACUGUGAGCGUUCAAUGUUUAUAUUUGAUGAAGUAGACAAGCUUCCAGCUCUUUUAUUAGAUGUGGUCAAGCCAUAUGUUGAUUAUCAUGAACAUCUUGGGAGAGUGAAUUACCGUAAAGCAAUUUUUCUAUUUUUAAGUAACGAAGGUGGAACAGAGAUAGGAAGACUAAUAUAUGAACACUGGAUGUCUGGUAAGCCAAGGGAUUCUUUUACUCUUAAAGAUGUGGAAAACACCAUCUUGAAAGCUUCACUAAAUUCCAAGAGUGAAAGUGGCUUCUGGCACAGUCAGCUGAUCUCCCAACACCUCGUCACAGCGUUUAUACCAUUCUUACCUCUAGAGAAGGGCCAUGUGAAAAAGUGCAUACGAGAUGCACUGAUUGCUAAAAAAUAUUACUCAAAUGUGAGGGAUAUUCCAGAUGAGACAGUGGACCUUGUGUUGAAGGAGUUGACAUUUUACCCCAAAGAGCAGGUGUAUUCUAGCACAGGUUGUAAGAGGGUCUCUGAGAAAGUUGAUCUGGUGAUGAUGGAUGCUUCAAAGUAUGAUGAGUCACACCAGCAUACAGAGUUUGAUGAUUCAGAUAAGCAUACAGGAGAGUUGUAGGUUACAGCUGUGUGAAUGAUAUGUCAUGUAUUGUGUAUUUUGAGUGAUAGCUAUGUGAAUAUGUCAUGUAUUGUGUAUUUUGAGUGAUAGCUAUGUGAGUGAUUUGAUAAUAUUUAUGUCAGUGUUAAACCUAUGCAUCUGCUGGUGGAUGAUAGAAAUAGGAGACCAAUCAACACCAAUCAAACUUCAAUGUCUGUUCAUAUUUUUUGCCAAAAAGGGUAUGAAUUUUUUUUACUUCUUUACCUUAUCACUUUGUGUAAUCUCAGUUUAUUUUUCUGCCAUAUUAAAUAGAACUUGUUCAGAUAAAACACUGCCAGUGCCAUAAGAAGUGAUAUAAUUUACAAUUAGAAAAUUUACAACACUACCAACAUUGCUGACAUCACUGCAGUUUGACUUGUGUCCACUAAUGCGUGCUGGUGCUAUGAUAAUACAUGGACAUUUCAGAGUUUUAAAACUACAGACUUAACAUAAAUUUUGAUAUGUAAGUAACUAUUGCUGCUGAUGAUUAUUAUGGUGCAGCAAAUUGUCAACAUAUUAUUUGCACUUUUAGAAGGCAGCUAGAUGUAUCAAUAUUAAUACCAUGAUUAUGAAUAAAAUGUAUAAUUUAUAAUUCAUCUACCUAUACAUUUUUAUGUUGGCAGUUUAUUUUAGCAAAGUAUUAAUGGGACAGAGUACCACAGCCGUAAACAUUUAUUUAACCCAUGUGAGUUUAAUUAGUUGGCAUAGUUUGACCUGUGGUCAAGAAAAUUGAGCCAUAGAACUAAUUGUUUAGCAGAGUUAGCAGUCAGAUGGACCACACUGCCAGGAGCUUCCACAACUUUGUGAAGUGAUAAAAAGCACUUAAAUAUCUCCAGUUGAAAUUCUUUAAACUUUUUGCCACCUUUUAGCAGUGGAUGUCAGCAUAUAUUCCCUCACAUGCUGUAAAAUACUGGUGUUUCAUUGCAUGUUUUAGAAAUGACAGAAUGUAAAAAUGAUGAAAUGUAUUUUUCUGACUGGCUUUUGUUACCUGGUGAAGGCUCAUCCAUGUAUGACAUCCACAUAGAGAGGGGUUCUUUAAAACUAAAAAGCUGAUUUUUAUGGGUGGGGUACAUAUGAAAAUCUAAUUACAUGUAACAUCUGUAUACUUGUCUGCUAACAACAACAACUCAGCAGGGGACAUUACAAUAUGUGUGUUAAUUAAAUUACAAGUGAGCAAUAAAGGGAACAGACACAGGGGUCAUGAACCCCAGGUGGACAUUCAACUUGUGCCACAUGUGACUACAGAAAAAAACUUCCAUACAAACA